GCUGUUCUACCGCACAGGAAGAAAACCUGGCACUUCCUGUCCGGUCACUUCAACAUAACAACCACGAUGGCGGCGUCAGACGGAGAGAAGAACCAUGAAACAGGCAAACUGCAUUUCUCUCUGGACGUCCCGUUCCCAUCAUCUCGUGAGGCCGUCAUCGCUCUGCGCUCUCUGUCCCCAGACCGAGAACCGAGGAAAGGCGGCAUCAGCAAACAGCUCACAGUGUCCGGCAGCACGCUGUCUGUGAGGUGGAGCGCAGACGAAGCUCGAAUCCUCCGAGUGUCUGUGAACUCGUUUCUGGAUCAUCUGUCUCUGGUUCUGGAGACCAUGGAGAUGUUUGGACCCCCUGUUUCCCAGUGAAGCACCACAGAUGAUUCAGGACUCUGACUCUUUGAUCCCAUCUUCCUCCACUGGACUUUUCGAUCCAUGGACACAACUCAGGUGCGACACCUGAACAGGUUGAAACUGGGACUUUAUAAAGGAACUUUGAGCAACUGGCAGCUUGAAAUGUUUGUUCUUGUAAAAUCUGAUUGUUUUCUUUCUUCUUCUUGGAGCUAAGAAGCAGGUGGUGAGAUCCACUUCAGGUGGGUUUUACGACAUAUAAAAAUACUUAUCUUUGAAUAUGAAUUUGUGUCAGACAGAUUGACAGAUUGUAAAGAUAUCAACUGUACUGGAGCUUAAACAGGCAGUCUAUUAAUCAAUGAGUUGAUGGACAGGAGAUUAAUCAGCCACUGUUUUGAUGAUCACAGUUUUUCAAGCAAAAACUGAAAAUGAAAGGAAAAUAUUACUGAUUAAUCAAUAAUGAGAAUAACAAUUAGUUGCAGCCCUAAACUGUACAAUAAGGCGUUUGGUGGUUUCGAUAAUUUCAAUGUGUGUUGUACAGUGACGCAGCAAUUUUCAUCAGAAGUAAUUAAAAAAGUAAUCACAGUGAUGUUCCAGAACAAUACUCAGAAACACGCACAACUCA